UCAGAAUCAACACUGACUCGGCAGUUUCUUUUAUUUGCUGCUCCUCUGCACAGCAAGAGGAAGAGAGCGUCGCGUGAGCUCUGAGGAGGCGAGAACCAAUCAUGCAGGUCAUGUCAGCCACCGCCAUCACAAACCCCAACGCCUCGUGGCUAAACACUCGAGGGAUGUGGCUCGGGUACCUUACUUCUGUCGCCAUUCUACAUUUCAUACUCCUCAGCGUCCCUCUCUUCUCCACCGCCAUGGCCUGGACCCUCACGCACGUCGUCCAUAACGUUGGAAUGUAUAUCAUGUUUCACCACAUGAAGGGGACGCCGUACCCAACGGGCGACCAGGGAGACGUCAGAAGGCUCACCAACUGGGAGCAGAUUGACAAUGGCCACCAGUACACACCCACUAGAAUAUUCCUCACAUCUGUUCCUAUCUUCUUGUUUUUCUUGGCCAGCUUCUAUACCUUUCAUGACAGAGCACAUGUGACUGUGAACUUGAUUGCCUUAGCGGUAGGGGUCAUACCAAAAUUCCCUGCUCUCCACAAGUUUCGGCUCUAUGGUAUAAAUAGGUAUUGACAUCUCUCAUCCAUUGCACAAUUGUUUACUGUUCACUACAUGAAAUUAUAUACAAUUUGUGUGUAUAUAAUAUAAUACUGAUAAAAAUAUAUAUAUAUAAUGCUAUAAAAAAUAUCUAAGCUGGGAGUCAAUUUACAUACGUGUAUUGUAAUUCGGUUCUUUGUUGUGAACGGUGGAAAAUCAAUUAUCGUCUUCGUCGAAAUAAACAGUUGGUGCCAUUCGGAUGUAGGCACUCUUUUUCUUCUUAUUCUGGCAGAAAAAGCAGAGUGGUAUCAUGGCUAGUGUGGUGAUGAGGAUUGAAGCCGGGAUUGAGGUCCCGAGAGCAAUAGCCAGUUUUCUGCCACAGCUGUCACAAGUAGGGCACUCUUGUUGUCCUUCCGGGCUUUCUGACGGGCACACAGGAGAAGAGGAGGGGGGGAGGGAGAGUAGCUAGUAGGGGUAGGGUUAGUGGGACUGGCAGUAGAGGUUGAAGAGGUGGUGGUGGAAGAAGGAGGGGCGGAGGAAGGAGAGGUGGAGGAAGAAGGAGAGGUGGAGGAAGAAGGAGGGGUGGAGGAAGAAGGAGGGAUGGAGGAAGAAUGAGAGGUGGAGGAAGAAGGAGGGGUGGAGGAAGAAGGAGGGGUUGAGGAAGAAGGAGGGGUGGAGGAAGAAGGAGAGGUGGAGGAAGUUUCCGCGGUCACUGAUGACUUCACGCUACCGGUUAUUACGGUGGGCACAGUUGGAGAAGGCAGAGGACUGAUACCGCUUCCAGAACCUAGCAGAAACUCGCACCAGACGCAGAGGACUUGUUCGGCGGCAGCUGUCAUCACCAACAGCCCCAGCAGAGCCACCGCUAUCCGAGCAACUCCCAACAUCUUGCGUUGUUUUUGCGAAGUCGAAGAUCGCUCCGCCUUCCGGAGAAUUUUUAAUAAGGGGAUUUCCCCUAAACACGUGACUCUGUAUUACGCGCAUGCGCUACUUUUUCCUUUGCACGAUACGGAACAGGCGGCCAAGCAAAUCGAGGUCUCUCACGUUGCUCCCCGCACGAGAUACACUAGCAGAUCCGUGGCUAGCUAGAUCUGUGGAGAUCCACCACUAAAAGGUCUUGAGUGUCUGGAAAUCGUAGCCUCGUCUCGAGUACCGUUUGAACACCAGCGGCCCUUACUCUGCAGGAUACGAAAUGGCUCCCUGGAUCAGCCUUUCUCUGGCCCUGCUGCUUGCCGUCUCCCUAGCGGCGGCGGCCCAAGGCAGCGGAAGCGGUAGUGGUAGCGGGAGCGGGGAGCGGCGGGAGCGGGAGCGGCGGGAGUGGUGGCGGGAGCUCGGUCAUUCCAAACCCCUCCCCCACCGUUACCACCAGUCCUGCUACGGUGGACUCGUCCGCCACGUCGAUUUCUCCGUCUUUCUCCUCCACAACCACCUCCUCUUCCUCCUCUUCUACUGGCACACCGACACCAACCAACUCCAAGAAGAAGGGUCCGAACAAAGUGGCGCUGGGCGUGGGACUCACGUUCAUGUUCCUAGUCCUCAUUGCAGUCACCGUGGCAGCUGUUGCCGGGGGCUACUGGUACUGGAAGAGACGAACGCUCACCUACAAGCCACUGUCUGGGAUCUCCACGUGAGGAGAGUACGGUGAUCCUCUCCCCUAUAUCACACGCCGUGAAACUGGAAAUAACCAUACUCAUUUGUAUUUAGUUUAGACACAUUGUCCCGUCAGUAGGUGUUAUCGUAUUAUACACUUUUUGAUGCAGCUUACUGGUUGUGUAUAAUUAUUGUGUAAAUUUGAAUGCAUUAUACGUAUGAGUGCAUUGUACGUAUGAGUGCUGUUCUUACAUACACAGAAGUAAUGUAAUUUUCAACACCUGAA